UUAAAAAAAAUUAAAUAAAAAUAUAGACCAACUGAUUUUAGGAUUAUGCAGCCACGAUUGAAAGAAAACAGAUCUAAACAUUAGAAAAGUUAGAGAGUGAAACAGUUUGAGUGUCCACCACUUGUGUAGCCAAUGAAGAUGGAAUCAGAAGAAGAGACACAGCAGGCAGCAGACACUGCUGCUCCUAACAGGAAAAUCAUAAACAACCUUUUAUCCAGUGGAGCAGCUGUCCUCCACAUUAAGGAGGAAAAGGCGGAGGAGGACUGCUCUGCUGUAGCAGCUACACCUGCAAGAACCACAGUUACUGCUCCUACACCCAUCUACCACACCAGCAGCAGGCAGUACACUGCCGCCGCCCCGCCUGGAGCCACCAUCCUGCGGUACGCCCAGACCAGUGACGGCCAGCAGAUACUGGUCGUGGUUCAAGCUGAGUCCAGUGACACCAAACCCCGCCAAAUCUGUAUCGCCCCCGGAGUCAUCAAGGCCUCCCCCUCUGCCCUCCCUGCCCAAGAUGCCACAGAAGUCUCCAGACGAGAGGUCUACCGCAUGAAAAACAGAGAGGCGGCACGAGAACAUCGAAGGAGGAAGAAGGAGUACAUGAGAUGUUUGGAGAAGAGAGUGGUCGAGCUGGAGAACGAAAUCAAGAUGCUAAUUGGAGAACUGAAAGCAUUAAAAGACUUUUACUAUCAUAAUGAUAGUAAAGCCCCUUGAA